AUAUGAGUGGUCGUUUGGAAAUUUAUGGGAAUAAGAAAACGUUCAAUUUUCCAGAAAAAGUGAUAUCCAAUGUCUUGCGUUCACCCUAUUUUCGGUCACUUUAUGAGUUGAAAACGUUCAACCAAGUAGUGGACGAAAUUUACAACCAAGUGUCCUAUUUGGAGCCUUGGGUGGCAGGGAAAGGUGUAGGUACCCCUUCUUCAGCGUUUUGUUUGUUGUAUAAAUUGUUUACUUUGAAACUGUCGGGCGUUGGGGUUUCUGUAUGUAAGGUUUGGAGUAGACCCGAGAGAACUUUGGUCCUGGUUUGAACCUUACUUACAGGAUGAGGAACCUGUUGUGU